GUGUUGUCUUGAACGCAGAGAAGCGCAGUGUCCAGUGGGUGGUGAAUAAAAUCAGCGAUGAGGAAAACGCUGGCAUCAUUCACACGCUCUUUCUGAAAUCGGCUGUUCUUGGUGGAAAUGCUCAGCCUGGUGAACCAAAUGUUGUUGUACUGCAUUCUGUCGGGGAUGAUGGAAAACUACAAAAGGGAGCUAUAGCACACCUGAUGCGUGGCCAAAACCCCAUGACUCCACUGGACAUAACUAUCCCAGGGAAACUUGGUGCUACUUUCAUCUUAAGUGAAGGCAGUGGGCCUGUAACUAUUGCAGGCAAUCAUCUUGUAGCAGAAGAUGAUCUCUUGGAUGACACUCAGGAGGAAUGUACUGAAGGCGAGGAAGAGAAAAUCGAAAACGAGCUUGGCCAAAGUGAUGAGGAGUCUGAAGAAGAGACCAAAGGCAAGAAAAGUGCCAAGCGAAAAGCUACUCCCAAAACAGUCAAACAGAAGCAGAAAGCCAAAAUGGAUGUGGAAGAUGAUGAUCAAAGUGAGGAGGAAGAAGAGCCCAAGAAAGGAAAGGUAAGUUUU